ACCGUCGGCAUAACCGAAACCGUUUCCGUGACAUAACGGGACAGCCUUGGGUCAAUAAAAUAAUCGUGGUGUCAUGUAUUUCUUCCUGUCUGGCCACUCUGGUUUUUAGUUUACUGAUUACCUGUUUGUCUGUGUCGUUAACGUUUGAUUCUGAUUGAGACAAAUAUCCGUCAAUCAUGAUUGACCCCAGUUCUAGUGAAGAGGAGGGCGAUGACGACCCAGUCGUUAAUGUGCAAACUAAAGGACGAAUGGUCCCGCCAUCUAAAGUAGGCGGCGUCACAACAACAUCGGCUGGUGCCCCAGGUCCUGGCACAAUUUCCAAUAUACCUGUAUCUGGGUCUAAUGGCGACUUCACCGGGAAUCAUAGGAUGUCUACUCGCGGAGACUCUGCGAGCACUGGUGGUAACGCAGCAGUUGGGCUCGUUUCAUCCAAAAAUGAACAGACGAUUACUAGCAGUACUGAUGGUGGUAGUGCAUGUCUUGAGGUUCCCAAUAAUGGCAUACCCAGUGGGCUAACUGGUUCCAGUCCCGGCUCAUAUUCGAUGGGGUCAUAUAAAUGUAAUCCAAGCUAUAAACACCCCAUGAACGGCAAGGGUAGAAUUGUAUUGCAUCAGUCAAGCCCAUCAACAAAUCAGCAUAGGCAGCAAGAAAAUCCUAAUUCUUAUCACCAUCAUCCACACCACCAAUACUAUGAACAUGAACAGCCGAAACAGUCAAAGUAUCAACUUGAAAAGUAUCAAUACCAAUUUGAUUCAUCAAAACCAAGGUUGCACCCAUGUCACGCCGAGCAGAACAAGCUAGCUGCUGCUGUUGGCAGUGUCGACUUGAAAAUGGUGAAAGCUACGUCGCACCUGUGCAGCAGCAGUAGCGGUGCACGAACAGGAGCAUCAUUAGAUGCCCAGUUUCAAAAGGUAAUCCAUUGUAAUAAUCAAACGUUGCUAUUGUCAUCUAGUGGCGUGUCGCAAGAAACAUUGAACCAAAGUAUUGGAUCUUCGAGGGCGAAUUCACUGCCUAGACCUAUAUCCCCAUCGCCCUCCAUUUCCAGUGAAAAGCACGAGGGAGGAGAUCCACAUGAAAAACAUGAAAGGGAGGAAGAAGAGCGGAAACGUCGCAUUCAACUUUACGUGUUUAUUUCAAGGUGUAUUUCGUAUCCAUUCAAUGCUAAGCAGCCCACUGACAUGACAAAGCGGCAGCCAAAGAUAACAAAACAACAGUUGGACGUAAUUACACAACGAUUCCAGGCAUUUUUAAAGGGAGAAACGCAAAUAAUGGCAGACGAAGCCUUUCAAAAUGCUGUACAAAGUUAUCACGAUGUAUUUUUGAAGUCCGAACGUGUCUUAAAAAUGGUUCAAUCUGGUGCAUGCUCUCAACACGAUUUUCGCGAGGUAUUUCGGAAUAAUAUUGAGAAGCGUGUCAGGUCUUUACCAGAAAUUGAUGGCCUUAGUAAGGAAACAGUAUUAACGUCGUGGAUGGCAAAAUUUGACAUUAUACUAAAGGGAAGUGGGGAGGAGGAUUCAAAGCGACCGUCGCGGAUGCAACAGUCACUCAACAGCGAGUUAAUUCUUUCCAAGGAACAAUUGUAUGAUAUGUUUCAGCAAAUAUUAUCAGUUAAAAAAUUUGAACAUCAAAUUUUAUUUAACGCAUUAAUGCUUGAUUCAGCGGAUGAGCAGGCAGCGGCUAUUCGACGCGAAUUGGAUGGGAGAAUGCAGCGUGUUGGUGAAAUGGAGAAAAAUCGUAAACUUAUGCCGAAAUUUGUUCUGAAGGAGAUGGAAUCAUUAUACAUUGAGGAACUAAAGUCAUCGAUUAAUCUAUUAAUGGCAAAUUUAGAAUCGCUGCCAGUUUCCAAGGGCAAUAUGGAUAGUAAAUAUGGAUUGCAGAAGCUAAAGCGAUAUAACCACAGCACGCCGUCUUUUCUAAAAAUGAUAUUGCGUUCCCACGGAUCUCUUUCCAAGUUAGAAGGCGAUUCCGAAGACGGCACAACACAAUUAACAAAGUUGGACGUUGUCCUUACUUUUCAGCUGGAAGUUAUUGUUAUGGAAGUCAAAGGGCUUAAGUCUUUAGCACCAAAUCGAAUUGUCUAUUGCACAAUGGAGGUUGAAAACGGUGAAAAGCUGCAAACAGAUCAGGCCGAAGCUUCUAAGCCAAUGUGGGAUACCCAAGGUGAUUUUACCACCACGCAUCCUUUACCAGUGGUAAAGGUAAAAUUAUAUACCGAAAAUCCGGGAAUGCUUGCGCUUGAGGAUAAAGAAUUAGGAAAAGUCACAAUUAAGCCUACACCACUAUCGUCCAAAUCGCCGGAGUGGCAUCGUAUGAUAGUGCCUAAAAAUCUACCCGAUCAAGAUUUAAGAAUCAAGAUAGGAUGCCGACUCGACAAACCGUUAAAUAUGAAGCAUUGUGGUCAUCUAUAUGCUAUCGGAAAAUCGGUGUGGAAAAAAUGGAAACGACGCUAUUUUGUCCUCGUUCAAGUUUCCCAAUAUACGUUUGCAAUGUGCAGUUACAAGGAGAAAAAAUCCGAGCCGUCUGAGAUGAUGCAACUAGAUGGGUAUACAGUAGACUAUAUUGAGGCGGCAAGCGCUAAUCUUAUGUUUGGCAUUGACCUUAACGGUGGACGGUUUUUUUUCAACGCCGUGCGCGAGGGAGAUAGCAUUUCAUUUGCUUGUGAUGAUGAAAACGAAUGUAGUCUUUGGGUAAUGGCCAUGUACAGAGCAACAGGGCAAUUGCAUAAGCCUACGCCACCCAUCACACAGGACAAAAACUCUGCUAUGUCGAAAAUUCAAGGAGAUGCGGAUAAGGCACGAAAACAUGGCAUGGAGGACUAUAUAAGCGCCGAUCCGUGUACAUUUGACCAUGCUAAUCUUUUUAAAACUUUACAAAAUCUAACUCUUGAAUAUCGCUUGAACGACCCAUAUGCAUCAUUGGGUUGGUUUAGUCCAGGGCAAGUAUUUGUUUUAGACGAGUAUUGCGCUCGCUACGGCGUACGUGGAUGCUAUAGGCAUUUGUGCUAUCUAUCCGACUUAUUGGAUCGUGCUGAAAAGCAGCACAUGAUUGACCCCACAUUAAUACAUUAUUCGUUUGCAUUUUGUGCGAGUCACGUCCAUGGAAAUAGACCUGAUGGUGUAGGAAGCAUCACGCAUGAAGAAAAAGAGAAGUUUGCAGAGAUUAAGGAGCGCCUGCGUCAGCUACUUGAAUUUCAAAUCACGAACUUUAGACAUUGUUUUCCAUUUGGGCGCCCAGAAGGAGCAUUAAAGGCCACAUUGUCCUUGCUGGAGCGAGUUCUUAUGAAGGAUAUUGUAACACCUGUACCACCCGAAGAGGUCCGUCAGAUGAUCAAAAAGAGUCUGGAAACAGCUGCGCUAGUUAACUACACAAGGCUUUCAAAUAAAGCUAAAAUUGAAGAAGACUUACGUGGAGAGAUUAUUGUGCCGCCACCAAAAAAACUUGAGGACUUAAUCCAUUUGUCCGAAUUGUGCGUGGACCUUCUACAACAAAAUGAGGAAUACUAUGGAGAAGCUUUCGCUUGGUUCAGCGACCUGCUAGUUGAACAUGCUGAAAUAUUUUGGUCUCUUUUCGCUGUUGACAUGGAUCGAGUACUCUCAGAGCAAGCACCAGAUACGUGGGACUCAUUUCCUUUAUUCCAAAUUUUGAAUGAUUACUUAAGAGUGGAUGAUAAUUUGCGAAACGGGCGCUUUCAUCAGCACCUCAGAGAUACAUUUGCACCAUUGGUUGUGCGGUAUGUGGAUCUUAUGGAAUCUUCUAUAGCCCAAUCGAUUCAUAAAGGUUUCGAGAAGGAACGCUGGGAAAGCAAAGGGAUAAACGCUGCUUUGAACCCUGCGGCACUUAAUAAUGCAGCCCAGGCGCUCAACACAGCGGCACUCAACCCAUCAGCACUACUCAGCGGCAAGAAAGACCAUAUAAGUUUCUAUGUUCCGAAGCUACCCAGGCGAUCCGCAGUGGCUGUUACAGCAGACGAUAUGAGAAAUGGCUGCGCAACAUCCGAAGAUCUCUUUUGGAAACUUGACGCACUCCAAUCAUUUAUAAGAGACCUUCAUUGGCCAGAUGCGGAGUUUCGACAACACUUGGAGCAGAGACUAAAAAUGAUGGCAGUUGAUAUGAUUGAACAGUGCAUACAACGAACGGAUUCUUCUUUCCAGUCGUGGUUAAAGAAGAAUGUCGCUUUCAUAUCAACCGACUAUAUUAUUCCAUCAGAGAUGUGCGCCAUGGUUAAUGUGAUAUUAGAUGCUAAAAAUCAAAGCUUUAAACUAACUACUAUUGAUGGUAUUGAUCUGUACAAAUUUCACGCAAAAAUCGACGAUCAAAUCGACAAGGCGAAUGUAGCCAUGACACAAGGGCUGAGCGGUAAACUUAUGUCAGUGCUAGAGUCGACUUUGUCAAAAUUGGCCCGCUAUGAUGAGGGCAGCCUAAUUGGUUCGAUUCUCAGCUUUACGAAUGUCUCUAGUUCAGGAAAGGAUCUCGGUCAAGGAUAUGUCAAUUUUUUUCGAAAUAACAUGGAUCAAAUAAGAGGAAAGAUUGGUGACGAUCUAUGGACGCUAAAUUUUUUUGAACAAUGGUAUUCUCAUCAGGUUAAUAUGCUGUCGAACUGGCUUUCAGAACGCAUGGAUCAUGCUCUACAUUAUGCACAAGUUACAUCAAUAUCUCAUAUAAUUAAGAAAAUAUAUUCCGAUUUUGAACUGCAAGGGAUACUCGAGGAUAAGCUAAAUUCUAAAGCAUAUCAAGGAAUCGCGCAACGCAUGGCUACCGAAGAAGCAACAUGCGCUUUAACUAUGCCCGAAGUGAACGAGGGAGAUGAGCACUAUGACGAUCUACGAGAUGGAGACGAGGAAGACGGCGGUGAAGAAGCUAGUUCUAAUGCUUCUCGAAGUUUGCCAAAGCCAAAAAUUGCGGCAGCGCAAGCUGCUGCUGUGACCAACGUAGUAGCUGGGCGCGUUGGUAAUUUAUUGGGAAAGGGCAUAGGUGGACUUAGCUCGAAAUUAGGAAGUGGCAGUUGGUUUUAAAUAAGACGUAUUUUAUUAAAAUCCUUAUAUAAGUUAUUCGUUUGGGUACCAGCAUGCAUGUAACAAAAAUUAGCAACUGAAUACAAACUUUUCCAAAGCAACCUUUAAAAAACUA